AUGGCACCGGCCUCUCCGGGCGCAAACAGCACCGCCAGCUCGACACAGGGCUCAGGCAGAGGUGAAUCCCUCACCCAAAUAGCAGCAGACUUAGCCACAAUCUCGGCCAAUAUGCUAUUCCGCUCCGACAAGGCAGAGAUGCUGGCAGAAAUUAGGAUAGCGAUCAGGGAGGAGGUCAUGGAGGUGAGGAGGGAUCUGACAGCCCUGGAGCGCAGAGUAGAGGACUUGGAGGCCGAUCAGGCCCAAAAUAUGCAGCACCAGCAGGAGAUGGAUACUGCCACUACCAGACAGGGCAAUGUCCUGCUUGACCUCAGGAGGCACCUUGAGGACCUGGACAACCGCGGGCGGAAAAAUAACAUCCGCAUAAGAGGCCUCCCAGAGUCCGCUGGGGAAGCACUACCUCAGCUCUUAAUGGACCUGUUUACCCGCAUCCUGGGAGACAGAGCCCCAGGUGACUUUGGCAUAGAAUGA